AUGGCCCAUAUUGUCACCAAAAAAUAUGUGGAUGCCCCAUUCUGGGCCGCCACCUGUAGUCAUGUCAGUGUCCAAGGACCCUGCUUCUGUUGGGGCCAUGCCAGUCUGGGUGACCUGCAUUGGCACCCUGGGGCCAUGAUGACAUCCGAGUCUGAAGUGGUGCCGAAGGCCAUGUCUGUGUCCGUGGCCCUGCAGCAGCUAGGGGCCUAUCUAUGUAGUCCAGCCCCUGGGGAUGACAAUGAAGAUGAUCUAAGUAUGCUUGCUCAAAUCACUCUUAAUCCUGAUGACCGUUCCCACCAAAUGAGAGUGACAUACUGUGGCCAGGGGCAGUCCUACUGUGAGCACAUGGCUGUGCUCAAGUUGGUGUGUGCUGAUACCAAAAUCAAUCGUGGAUAUGGGCUCUUUGUGGCUUUCUCUGUGGCUAGCUUUGAUUUAAUUGUCAUCAGUGCAUCUUAUGUGAUGAUUCUGAGAGCUGUGCUGAGGUUGCCCUCAAGUGAAGCCCGCCUCAAAGCUUUUGGUACAUGUGCUUCUCAUAUUGGUGUAAGCUUAACCUUAUAUAUUCCAGCCCUUUUCACCUUCCUUACCCACCGAUUUGGCCACCAUGUGCCCCGUGUUGUGCACAUCAUGUUUGCUAAUGUCUACCUGCUGGUUCCUCCCAUGCUCAACCCCAUCAUCUAUGGAGUUAGAACCAAACAGAUCAGGGACAGAGUUAUCCAAGGAUGUUGUAGGAAAGGCCCUUGA